UGUCUACGUCUCUCUCUCUCUCACGACUUAUGAAUAAAAAGCUCAAACAGUUUGAGCCAACUUCAUCAACGGCAGACAGUCAGUCAGUCAUCAACUGUCAGACAGUCAGUCAGUCAGACGGUCUUUUUUAUCCUAGUUUUCGGCCUGUCUCUGUCCAACCGCUCAGCCGCUCGCUCUCUCACAGGACCAGAACCCAGGCAGGUCACACCGGAGCACCAGGGAAUCGAACCAACUACAGCUUAAACUACUAUAAGUGGUGAUAUAACAAUGGUUGCCAUGGCGAGGGCAGUGGUCUGUCUGUUUCUCUGGCUGUCUGUGUGUCAGGUCAGGAGCUCGCACAUCAAUGUGGAGAUGAACAGGACCAUCCAGAACCUCCUGCAGCACUAUAAGAUUAGAAACGUCGAGAGAUUUGAUGGGAAACCCGUCUUCUCCAGGAACGCACUGGCUGGCAAAAUGGAGAUGAAGAAGCUGUUUAUGGGCGCCGUUUUGGAGACGUACGAAAAGCUGAUCGACAAGAUGCUGAAACAGCUGCCCACGCCGAGUCCCCAGACCACCGGCAGCAACGAUGGUCCCGCCUCCUCCGUCACCGCCGCUGAUGCGAGUGGAGAUGUCAGGACAGGGCUAAAAUACAUCCUGAAUAAGAUCAAGAUGCUGAGGCAACACCGCUACCGUGAGCAGGGGGUGCUUCUGCAGGAACUGCAGACUCUCCAACACAUCCAGAUGGAUAAACACGUCGUCCAGAGCAAAGCACUGUGGGAGCUGCCGUGGCUGUACGAGGAGGCAAGCUCGCUGUCUGACGAGAUGCAGAGGAGGCGGCGGCGGCGGCGGCAGACACGGCGGCUCAAAUCUCAACUGAGCGGCUAAAACAUAAACAGGCACAACGACAGCAACAAAACUAAAAUGCAAAAAAAGCAAAUUUAAGUGAAAUGUAUUUAAAUUUAGUAUGUGUUAAAGAAAUUAUUUCAUAGAUUAUUUAUUGUUACUUAACGACCAGCAGCCUAAGCCUAGUACAAAUGGUGAUUUUGUAAAAUUUGUGUAAUAUUUUUAAGGAAGUUUGGUGUUAUGAUACUUGAAUACAGCACAGCGGUUUGAUCCUGUCAAAUGUUUGUCGCUGCAGGAUGCAGAGAGCUGAUAACUAACAGUAUUCAACAUGGAGUUUUACUCACUUCAUCCAUCAGUAUCACCUGGAAAUACUUGAUUUAUUUAUCAUUUACCUAUUUAAAAGCUGCACAUGACAGACAGUUGCUAAUUUAAUGACUUUUAUGGUCAAUUUGAUUGAAAGUAUUUUAUUUUAGCGCAUUUCUCAAAAAUAAGAAAAUAAUAAAGGAGGAAAACUCCUAAAAGGUAUAAUUCAGAAUAUUUUUGAAGUGAAACUCUCGAUUGGACAAUGGUGGAGAGGUGGGCAGUGCCAGAUUGACAGGAGAGCCCUGAUUGGUUGACAAAUCACCUGUGAUAUUUACAAUAUUUCACCCUUUUUUAAAAACAUGUAAAAGCUGUUUAUUGCAUAGGAAAUUACUGUUUUCACAUGAGAAACCACAUUUACAAAACAAGAAAUUUAGACUUUGAGUUGCAGAACGUUUGUAAACUGUUAGGUUUUUUAUUCAGUGGUAGCAACAGGACUGCCUCUCCACCAACAUCUCCAUUGCACUGAUUAAAAGAAUAAAUAAUAAUGAUGAUGUUUACAGUACAAAAUACACCAUAGUUUAAUGCUGACGUACUUAAAUUAAUGUGUAGUAGAAGUACGAUACUCAGGGAUUUUUUGUAUUUUCCUAACAUGUUUUAAUUUGCUAUGUAUUUAUUUUGUAUUUAAGGUGUGUAUUUAAUAGUGAAUUGUACUGCUGUUGAUUAUUUAUUGUGUAUUUAUUGAUUGGCUGAAUAAAACAGAAUGAACAUUAA